AUGUUACACACUGUCGAAUAUACUUCUGAGCAAACCCAAAGUGGCGAACAAUUGGUUGUGAGUGGGGGUCCUCAAUUCCCAGAGAAGAUAGAGACGAACAGGAAUAUGCUAAGACUCUACCUGCACCCUAUCUGCCCAUUUGCAGAAAGAUCAAGACUAGCAUUUGCUGCAAAGGAAAUCCAAUACCAAACUAUCUUUGUUGAUAUGAGUAUUAAGCCAGAGUGGUUCGUCAAGGAAGGAGGAGUAGUGCCUGUUCUAGAGUCCACAGAUGGUGACUUUGUCUCUGAAAGCGAUGUAGUUGUCCAAUUUGCACUCGAUCAUUCAGACGAAGGCGCUCAGUUACUUCCACAAAGCCCUUUCGAAGCUGCUAAAAUCAGGAGAUAUAUCAAGAAAAGAGAUGAAGGAUUCAUCUUUGCCAGCUUUAAAGCUACUAUCUGGGGGAAACAAGAGGACAUUGAUACUCUUGGAAAGAGACUCCAAGAAUUAGAAGAAGAUCUCUCUCAAAACACUGAAGGAAACUCAUACUUGCUGAAUCAGAAUGAGAUUGGUCUUGCUGAUAUCAUUUUAUCUCCAGUUUUAGUCAGAUUCUAUUUCGCCCUUCAUGGUAGUUUCGACACUUUGAAAGAUUUCAGCCUCGAGACUUAUCCAAAUAUUGUCAAGUAUGUUGAGAACAUUCUCGAACAUCCAGCUUUGAAGGAUUCGUACGUCACAAAGUGGCAAUAUGUCAAUCAGAUCAAAAACAAACAGGCUGAUAAUUCGAUAAAUCUUGCCUAUCCUAUCGAUGUGACUCCGCUUGAUUUGUCUCAGUCUAAACAAGACAUCAUCAUUCCUAAUGGACUUACUGCAAAGCCCCUUCGUAAUUCAAAUUACGUUCGUCUCUAUGGCCAUCCUAUGUGUCCCUUCGUACAAAGAACUCUUCUGACCCUUUCAGCUAAAGAAGUAGAGUUCCAGUUUGUCGGGAUUGAUCUUACUACCAAAAAUAGGUGGCAUUAUGAUAUCAACAAGGGUCUGGUCCCAAUGCUGGAACAUCCUGACGGUACUCUGAUCCAUGACUCCUUAGACAUCUGUGACUGGAUUGAAGAGAAAUACCCUGGCCAAGGUAUCCAGCUCUAUCCUGAUGGAGAGACUUCUAAGCCAUCGGCUAAAGAAACCAUCCAACUGUGGUUCCAAAAAGUGGUUCCUUUUAUUUUAGUGUAUGCUAAUCAAGAAGCCAGAAAUAAAGGACCAGCGGUAAUUUUGGAAGCUCUUGAAUGGGCCGAACAGAAUUUCCCCGAUGACGAAUCAAAACCCUUCAUCCAAGGGACCACUCGUGAAACAAUGGUAGACCUGAUGAUCCUGCCAUUCUUCAGAGACCUGUUCGCUCUGGAGCACACUGCUCUGAAAGAAGACUUCUUCGACAAGAUAGACUUUUCUGCUUUCCCAAAGGUGACUAAUUGGUACAAGUCUCUGUAUUCAAAGUACACAGAGCAAUUGGGGGACGACCGGGCCUUCACCAGCUAUUUCCAGAAAACUAUCGAAGCCAAUGGCCCAAAGGUACAACUGUUUUACCCACUAUUCUAA